CCGUUCCAAGCUGGUCGAAGGAUUACACCUGGUUGUUUUCUUGCCUAAAGUGCUUCCAUCACUCGGUGCAUGCCGAGCUCGAUGUUGCAGCUUGUCCACCUCAUCUGGCCGUUGGCCAAAUGGGAUAAACUCGGAAAGCUGUGCCACAACAUGUGGAAUAACAGAUUCCCGGCCAUUUAUCCGGACAGCCACAUCCCAAGUAUCCAUACUCCACGUAAGUAAGCUUCACUCCCAUGAUAUCGAAGAUGAAGUACACUUGUAUCCGGUUUGCCUCCUGUUGAGACACCCCGCUCGUCCGCAGUCAUGGCGUCCGCAAUCAAUCCAAUCAUUCCUGGUUUUGCUCCAGACCCAUCGGUGCAACGCAUUGGUGAUACGUUCUUCCUGGUCAAUUCCACCUUCCACCUGUUCCCAGGCUUACCGAUAUAUGCAUCGAAAGACCUCGUGAACUGGACACUCAUCGGAAAUGCAAUCAACCGUCAAUCCCAACUCUCACUACGUCUGUCAGACACCAAGCUCCAUCCACAAGAAGAUGGCACCGUAAUGCUAGCCACCGGCGGACUAUUCGCUCCGACCAUCAGACACGAUACAAGAUCAGGAAAGACAUACAUCAUCAACACAAAUGUCGUUCAUCCCGAAGAUAACGGAGAAGACAUACCGCAAAACUUCAUCGUCGAGACCGAUGACAUCUGGUCAGACAACUGGUCUGAUCCCGUGUACUUUGAGUUUUUAGGCAUCGACCCAUCCAUCUUCUGGGAUGAUGACGGCAAGGCAUACAUCUGUGGAUCAAGAGGACCUGGGCCCAUGACUACCAUCAGUCUCUUUGAGGCCGACCUGUCGACUGGCGAAAAACUUUCCGAGGAGAAGACGGUCUGGAAGGGAACUGGUGGAAUAUAUCCGGAAGGCCCUCACAUCUACAAGAAAGACGGGCUCUACUAUCUGCUCAUUUCCGAAGGCGGCACGUUCAAAGAGCACAUGAUCACCAUCGCAAGAUCCGAGAGCAUCUGGGGACCUUAUGAAGGACACGAGAAGAAUCCGAUCCUCACCGCAUCAGGCACAGACAACUAUGUUCACUGCACGGGACACUGCGACAUCUUCCAAGACAGCGACGGCAGAUGGUGGGGCGCCUGUCUCGCUAUGCGCAUGCGAGGCUCAAGAUUUCACAUGGGCCGCGAGUCUUUCCUGGUGUCUGGCAAUUGGGACGGCGAAUGGCCGAUUCUCGAUACGGUCGAAGUAUCCUCGUCGCACAAGUUCAAGACCGAUGUAGUCAAAGCGACAAGGAGUGGAUUGGACUGGCUGUACAUUCGUGACGCCAAUCUGUCAGACCACAAGAUUGAAGGCUCCACCAUUCGUCUCACACCAAGCAAAAAAGACCUCGCGCAAUGGCAGGAGCCGGUCUCAUUCGUCGGCAAACGCCAAAGGAAGCUUGAAGGAAGCGCUUCGGUCAGUGUGGCCGUGCCAAAAGCGGGAUCAGUCCGUGCAGGACUUGUCAACUACAAAGACGAGCACCGGUAUGCUCGCAUCUGGUAUGAUAACAGCAGCAAAUCAGUCUGCUUCGAAGUCGUCAACAAUGCGAAGAAGAUCAACAGACAAGACCAAGAGCAAGUUGCGGACGAUAUUGAAGAGCUCCGUCUGCUGAUUGAGUACACUGAAGAAAAGCUCGUGUUCCAGUAUGAAGAGGAGCAAGGCGUGACGAAGACGCUUGGGAUCGUCGACACAGAAGAGUUGUCGAAUGCAGACUUCGUCGGUCCCGUCAUUGGUGUCUUCGCUACUUCGAAUGAUGAAAGCACGCAAGACAUAGCGUUCACCAAGUUCGAGAUUGAUCAGUAAUUUGUGAUAGACCUGCUUCUUUAUGUCUCUCUAUAACGUCUGUAUAUACCUAAUACAUGACCAUCUAUGACGCUUCGGGUCGG